AUGGAUUCUAAUCCAUGUAGCCAAAACUCCAAGUUUGUUGAACUGCUUAACAGUCAACAAGAAAUGGUAUUUGGUUUUUCUCAAGAUAGUGUCUCACUAUCUUCAUCACAAGCCCCGGUGUUUGCAUUUCAAGCGACUACAGAGACUCCAGCAGAGCGUAGGGAAAGGAGGGUCAAAGACCCGGUGGUGGGGAACGAGCAAAGAUGCGGUACAUUCUGGAAAAGGAUUGCAGCUUACUUUGCUGCAAGUCCUAAGGUCUCAGGCCGUGAAGGCAGAGAGCCAACCCAUUGCAAACAGCGCUGGCAGAAGAUCAACGAUGGUGUGAACAAGUUUUGUGGGGCUUACGAGGCCGCAAGCAGAGAGAAAAGCUUAGGACAAAAUGAGAAUGAUGUUCUGAAGUUAGCUCAUGAAAUCUACUUCAACAACCACAACAAAAAGUUUACUCUCGAACACGCUUGGAAAGAGCUACGCAAUGACCAAAAAUGGUGUGAGCUCUCUUGUUCUAAAGCCCAUGGAAACGCUAAAAGGAGGAAGUGUGAUGACAGUGCUCAGUCAUCAAGCUCUCGCGCUAAUGAAACCACCACUGCUGAGGAUGAUCAAGGAAGUAACCGACCACCGGGUGUGAAGGCUUCUAAGGGCCAGGGCAAGAAGAAGAUGGCAGAGGGGAAGCCAUUGUCUGAGUUUCAGACACUCUGGAGCAUCAAGAAGGAGGACCUGGCUAUGAAAGAAAAGACUUCGAAGAUGAAGCUACUUGACAGUUUGAUUGCUAAACAAGAGCCCCUAGCUGAGUAUGAAGAAUCUCUGAAGAAGAAGCUCAUCAAUGACUUGUUGUCUUAA